UGCAAGUUUUCAGUCCGCAGCAUCGCUUUGUGGGGAGUGUUUUGGUUGUGGGGUUGGUUGGUUGGUGUGUUACAAGGCUUUUGAAUCAAGAUCACUUGGAGCCGCAUCGACAUAUGAAUGGACAUGUGAUCUACUCGCGAUGAACGGAGCUGUUGACUAACGUGUCCCCAGAGUUACGCGGCAGGCAAACCGCGUCUUCUGUUAGCGGAGGACCGCUUCUGGUAUGGUGCAGGGACGAGCCAUGGCGUUCGUUAUGUGAGUCCGCGACACCGAUGCCAUGGCUGACGGGGGUCGAGAUUUUCCUGUGCCGAACCUCCCACCGAAGGCGUUCUCCGUCAAUCUCGGGGGGUCGAGGACAUCGGCAAUGUUUUCGCUUACGGAACCACCUCCAUUGCCACCACGCCGAAGUGUCUUCUUUGACAAAUGCAACGGCCCUGGUGACCUGUCGUCUGUUCCUCCAGCUCCAUCUUCCACAUCAACUUGGACAAGCUCAGAUUUUCUUAGGCUUAUGCACCAACGAGGCGGAGAAGGAGACACAAAAACUAGCAUAAAGUCAAUAGAAGCCCUUUUUCUUGAGGAUGUGAGCUCUAGGAGCACCACACUCCGGCAUCAUUCGCUCACAACAAGUUCGGUUGUGUCCACUCAAGUUCUCUCUCAGCCAUUCCCGUUCGUAGCUGCUGGUCAGCUGCCAGGCCGCAUUGGCUCACUUGUUGGCACGGAGAUGACACACAGCAACUCUGCACCCAACUUCAACCAUCUGUCUUCCAGCUGUAGCCCCUCGCCUAUCCACACAGCUAGUCAAAGCUCAUCGGUGCUUUCGCGAACAGAGAUUGAGAAGAGUAUGUUCAGCAUGCUUCGAAAGAAGCAGGACAACAACCUAAUUGACCUGAGUGGAGACGCAGAGCUGGCAAGAAAGCGUGAAACCCUCAGAAAGGCUGGGGACUCGCUAGAUGACCUACUCGAUCUGUUUGAUCCACUACGAGAGAAUGAGCCUGAAGAAAUCUUUUCUCCUGAAGAGUCCCCACCUAGAGAUCCUCCAGAGGGAAAGACUGAAGUAAUGGAGACACCACCCCAGAUCCCUCCAAAACAUGGAGGACUUGCACAAACACAGCCACCAUCUUUGCCUGCAAGUAGAAGUUCUGCAAUUGAAAAGCCUGUUCCUGUAGAGAAUGCUCAGUGCCAAGGGCCAAGCAUGGACCUUGGCACUUUGAAAGUGGUUCGUCAUGAAGUUUCUCAAGGGGAGGAGAUUGAAGCAUUCUGGGCUAAGGCCAAGCAGCUAAGGUCAGAGUUCACGUUUGAUGAUCACCAUACCAAUGCUGGUCUUGUUGUCAGUCCUACAUUGGAAAACAAGUGGGGGAAAAGCCUUAGCAUAAAGGUGGAAAUCACAACGAGCUUUUCGGAGAGGCCAUUCUGCUUCACAUGUGAUGUAGGAACCAGUGUAGAGCACGUAAUUAGCAACACUGUUUGCUCCCUAAAGGACGAUUUAUCUGACACUGUAUUAGAAAGUUAUGUACUGAAAGUCAAAGGGCUUGCAGAAUAUUUUACCCCUGACUCUACAUUGAAAGAGUAUGAAUAUGUUCACCAGUGCUGCAAGUUUAUGAAGCCAGUUUGCUUGACCUUGAUGGAUGUCCGAGACCUUGGUAAACCGUGGGCACGAACAUUAAGGGAUGACAGUGAGUUUUUUGAAGUCAAGGCAUCAAGCCUGCUUCCUCAGCCAUCUGGCCAAGUUUCUUUUGAUUCAGUGUCCAUAUUACUUGAAACUUUCCACAAGGAAGCUAAGAAGGUACAGUUAGGAGCAUCUGCUGGUUGCUUGCAACCAAAUGGAGCUAUUCAGGCUGUGAAAGCUAUUUGUUCCACACUUUCAAGGAUUGAAAUACUGGAAAUUCUGCAUGCUGUUGAAGGGUUGAAGCACAUUUGCAGUCAGAUGCCUGAGGUGAACGGGUUUCAUGACAACUAUCUCAAGGCAGAAGACACGCCAAGCCCAGUACCUAUGAAUUGUGACCGUGUGGCAGAAGUCGUGUUCUACUCCUUACUACAGUUGCAAACUGCACUGCGUACACUUGUAAAAAUCUAUUGCCGCAGCUUUUGUGUCGACUUUGUUUUGACUCCUGCUAAUGAAAGCCGACCACAAAGUGCAAUACGGCCAGUCACUACUUUUCAUGACACCUUUCUUGUAAACAUUGGCAGCGUUCAUCAACUGAGGCCACACUGGGUUUCAGACUAUGAACAGUUCAUUAUAUCUUGUGAGCUUCGUUAUGGCUUACACAUCUUGUGCCAAGGAGAAAGUCGGAGUGUAAAAGCAAGUCGAAACUUCUUUGAACUCGUCGUUUUUGAUGAGUGGAUUGAGAUGAGCAUAUUCAUGAGGAACCUUCCACGGGAGACUGCCAUAUACUUUGCGCUGUUUGGUGUGAAACCAUCAACUGAAAACAGGCCACCAGAGACACCAGCACCUGAACGAGUACUCUUAGCAUGGACUGGGCAACCACUGUUUAACAGUCAGCGUGAGCUGCUUCAGGGGAGUCUCUUUCUUGGUUUUUGGUCACCAGAAGUGGACGAGAACAGUGGUCCACCCCAGAGCAAUGAUGCAGUUACCUGUCCGGUUCUUCGUCUGCAAUUCCCUGAAUUUGACUGCACUGUAUUGUUUCCGGAAGUACCAAGGGAUAGCAUCACUACUUGUAAGGCAACAACAUAUGCUCUUGAUAGUGUGGUGAUCCAAGAGCUCACAGAUGUACUUGAAAAGGACCCUCUCACUGUGCCUAACCCCGAGGAGAAAAAGUUUUUCUGGGAGCAUCGUCAUUACAUCCUUGAAGUUCCGCACCUCCUUCCGAAAGUGCUUCUGUCUGCGCACAGCUGGAGUUGGCCUUUUCUGCCUGACCUGUACUUUCUCCUGACAGAAUGGCGUCCUGCUUCCCCCAUUAAUGCACUAACAUUGUUGCUGCCACUGUUUCCUGACUACGAAGUGCGUAAGACGGCAGUCAAGUGGAUCAAGAACAUUGGCAGUGAUGAGCUCUGUGAUCACCUUCCACAAUUAAUCCAAGCAUUGCGCUUUGAGACAUGGGAAGAUGCACCCAUCACAUGGUUCCUCUUGGAACGCUCUCUGACUAGUGUGCGUGUUGCCCACCAGAUGUUCUGGUUGCUGAGACAAAACCUUGACAAUCCGCUCACACUUAAGCGAAUGAAGCUUGUGAUUCAGACAUUGCUAGUCAUUGUUGGCAGGUCUUUCAGAGACAUUAUAGAGAAGCAAGAAGAGCAUCUAAACCAGCUUUGCAUCAUCGCAGAAGGCAUAAAAGACACGCGUGAGUCGCUUCGUCUGGACAAGCUUUUGCAAGACUUGGCACAGAUACACAGUAUGAUUGAGGACAGCCCGUCUUGCCUUCCACUCAACCCAGCAAUGGAAGUGUGUGGUGUGGAUGUCAAAUCUUGCUCCUACUUCACAUCCAAUACACUUCCGCUCAGGAUAGUGUAUAAAAGUUCAGAGCAAGGGGCAAAGCCUAUUGAUGUAAUCUACAAGGUAGGAGAUGAUCUCAGGCAGGACAUGUUGACACUUCAGAUGAUACGAAUAAUGGAUAAAUUCUGGUUGAAGGAAGGCCUGGACUUGAAAAUUAUAACUUUCAACUGUGUCGCUACUGGCAAGCGUAAGGGCAUGGUGGAAAUGGUUACCGAAGCCGAAACACUGAGGAGAAUCCAAACAGAGCAUGGGCUCACAGGUUCAUUCAAGGACAGGCCUAUUGCUGAGUGGUUGCAACGGCACAACACAUCUGAACUAGAGUACCAGCAAGCUGUCGAAAACUUUACGCUGUCGUGUGCCGGCUAUUGUGUAGCCACAUACAUCCUUGGCAUCUGUGAUCGCCACAAUGACAAUAUCAUGCUGAAAACAUCUGGACACAUGUUUCACAUUGAUUUUGGAAAGUUUCUUGGUGACUCACAGAUGUUUGGCAACUUCAAACGUGAUAGGGCACCAUUUGUCCUUACUUCUGACAUGGUGUAUGUCAUCAACGGCGGCGAGAAACCUUCCAAGAAGUUCCAGAUUUUCAUUGACUUGUGCUGUGAAGCGUUUAAUAUUGUUCGCCGUAACAGCAACAUUUUCAUCACACUCUUCGAGCUAAUGGUCACAUCUGGAGUCCCUGGAGUCACUGCAGAUGCUGUGAACUUUGUCCAGAAAUCAUUAUUGCUUGGCAGCUCGGAAGGCGAAGCAACUGCACAUUUCACCAGGCUUAUUGAAGAGAGCCUGCGUUCACGGUUUACACAGCUGAACUUCUUUAUUCACAACAUAGCCCAACUUCGAUUCACUGGGGACCACAAUGAUGGACUGCUGCUCUCCUUUGUCCCUCGGACUUUCACAAAGGAUUCGGAUGGCAGGAUUGUGUCCCUAAAUGUGGUUUGCUACCGAAAGUGCUACGAGCCGGAAAAGCAUUACACCUAUGUUGUGCGUGUUGGCCGCGAAUGCCAGGCAGAGCCUAUGCAGGUCGUUCGAACCUACCCCGAAUUCCUGGAGCUCUACCAAAAGCUAGUCCGAGUGUUCCCAUUGGCCAAGUUCUAUCCUCUGCCCAAGGGCUCACUGGUGGGCCGCAGCAACACACGAGAAGUGGCACAGAGAAGAAUGCAGGAGCUGAAUGCAUUCCUUAUGUCCCUGAUCAAAAUGGCUGAGGAGGUGUCCCAUUGCAGCCUGGUGUACACCUUUUUCCACCCUCUUCUGCGUGAUCAAGAAGGUAUGGCAGAGGAUGAGAAUGAGUGUGACAACCUGCGUCAAAUUAGCCAGAGAGUCAACCUAUCCAAGGGCAUUGUUGGCCGAAUAAAGCUCUCCAUUGUUUACAAGGCGAGCACCCUCUCCAUCAUGGUAAUGCAUGCAGAGAACCUAGCUUGUGUACGGAAGUCUUUGCCAGACUGCUACAUUAAGACAUACCUGCACCCGGACCCAGAGAAGGUAACAAAAAGGAAGACCAAAGUGGUGUUCAAGAACAACCACCCUACCUUUAUGGAGCUGCUUGAGUACAACUACCCACAUGCGUUCAUAGCUGAACGAGUGUUAGAGGUGUCUGCAUGGGACCAUGACAGAGUCCAGGAAAAUGAGUUUCUGGGAGCUGCCAUCAUAGACUUGUCAUGUAUGGAUUUGACAAGGGAAAGCACACACUGGUACCACCUGAACGCUGUGCGAUACAAGUGGCAUUGACUCAUCAGCAUGUUGCCUGGUGUUAGAUUUCUGACGUGUUUGUGUUUGUGUAAAUGUGGGAUCAAAAAAUGCAAAGAAGUGGUAUGGUUACGUGUGCAUAAGCACGUGUGUUUUUAAUGCAGUGAGAAGCAUCACUGGACUACAUACAUGUCGCUUGCUUCUGUGGGGGUCAGGCACACAGAUGUACGGUUCCGUGUACAGCAUAGGUAGUGAGACUUAAUAUAAGUAAUGAUAUACAGCAAAUUCUUUUUCGUAUUGUAUUUGUUGUUAUAUUGUCUCUGAAUAGCUCCUUUCGGAGAAACUUUACAGCAAACUCCUUUCUGUACAGUACCUUUUCCUACAUUACUGUUGCAGAGAUUUACUUAUCUCACAAGUCAUUGGUGUCAUAAGCUCACACUGUUGCUCAUCUCUCUGCUGCUUAUUUGAUUACAUUAUCAUUGUGCAUGCUGUGCGUGCAGUGCUGUACUGCUAAUAUUCAGGGGGUGUAUGUACUAUAUAGUAUAUUUUUCUAUGAGUCAUAUAUAUGACAUUUACACGUUUAGUCUUCUGAAAGCAGCUUUACAUGUGCUAUUAAUAUACAAGCAACUUGUUUCACUGAAAGUGUCCCUUCCAUUUCUUUGUUUGCUUUCUGCUCUGCUGACAACCUCCUUGCAUUUUUCUGAUCUAUAACAUCUAUUGUUGUAACCUCAUUUCUGUUCUACAACCUUUUAGUGCUAUGGCACCGAGGCAACUCUUUUGGACAUUUCCUUUCUCCCUUUAUCAUGUCCUAGUAUUAAAGCUGAAUCCCAAAUAAGCUGUUUUUGGCAGCUAAUACUGUCUAUUUUCACAUAUGGGUACAAAAACUGUGUAGGCACGCUAUAUAUUUCUUUCUAUGCAACCACUUACUAGAUUUUCUUUUUCUUCUACCUGUCCAUGGUGCAUCAUACUUUCUUGGAUUCAUGUUUCUGUAACAUCGUACUUGAUUGCAUAAAUAAUGCCCAUUGGAGGUUGAGUGAAAAAUAGCAUUUUGUAACGCUGCAAAAUAUGAUAUUAAGUGAGGUUGUGUAUUAAUGUAUGCAAAGUUUCAUACUCUGUCUUGCACAUUAGUGAAGAGCUGUGAAUGCAGGUGUUACAGCACUAGCUGGUGCAUGUUCAGUGUGUACCUAUGACAGAUUUUUCACUGUUAUUUCUCUGAACUGGACGUGUACACUCAUUGCAUUUGUGGUGUGAGUGUUUUGUACGAGAGCAAGUGGAUUCAACCUUGUCACAUUUGUGUGCUAGGUGUAGCAUAUCUGCAUUGCGGUGCAUGUUUUUCCUGCAGCUAAAAUUGCUGGACAUUUUGUUUGGGCUUUAUGCAUUUGCUUACAAGGCCGUCAACUUUCAUGUUAAGUAUGUCACUUAAAUUUAAAGCUUGGCCAUCACAGUUUCUUUCUUAGAUAAGAAAAUUUGGGAUCUGCCUGUGUUGUGCUGCUCGGAAGAGUCAAAAUUGUGCGUGCUCAACAAUUCGGUAUUUUUUUCCUGAUGUAUACAUACAAAGUGCCUUCAUCUGCUGUGUGGAGCCAAAAAUAUAACAAUAAAGUCGUGAACCUGUGUUACUCAGCAUUGUGUUACGCACUUGAAUCUGUGUUCCUAUGUGUUUCCUAGGCAAAUUAUGUGAAUAAAGCUUUUUUUGCCGCAGG